AUGGAAAUUUACAAUCUUUUAGUCAAUCAAUACCUUCUUCCUGAAUGUCUUAAUGCUGUAAAAUACCCUGUCUUUUGGAAGAGUACAGACGAGCCUUCGCUCAAAGAAUUUUUAGAUUUUCGACUUUCUGCUGGCAAUUUAGAAGACAUGAAAACUAAGCAUAAUCGCUACAAUAACGAACUGGAUGAAAUCAGUAAAUUCUACACUGAAGUAAGCAAAUGGUCAUCACCAAUAAAGCAUUUUUGGAAAAUUCAAGAUAAAAGACAAAAUAUUGUGAUGAGAAAUAAGUUGAUUGAAGAUAAAACCAAUUUACAAGAGGAAAAAGCAAGGAUGAAAAUAGCCCAGCAUAUAUCCAUUGCUACGGUGGCAACAGAACAAAUUCAAGAAUAUGCCAUGUCAACUACCACCAGCAUUGCAGAGAGAUUCCUUGAUAAUAGCAACGAAAGAACAUCAAAACGUACCAGAACUUAUAAGGAUAGUAAUGAUGACGAUGUUAACGAAGAUAAUCCUUUUUGGGCACCAGUAACAGAGUCAGGGUAUUUAGACGUGGUGCAAAAUGAAGAAAAUGAAGCAGAAAUACUGUUUCACUCGCCACGAAAUUAUAAUGAAGCUGCAAUUUUUCUUACUCCAAACAAAACGACAGAUGAAUAA